AAAAGAGUAAAAGGUGUUUAUAGAAUUUCUAAACAUCUUUUUACAAAUUGUUACAAACAUCUGCCAAAAAAAACCAAUUGAUUUUAUUUCUAGAUAAUGCGUAGAGCAACUAAAAUUGUGGAAACACCUACCCUGAAAGUGCCCUCCGGGAACUCCCUAUCGUACUGUCGGUUAUGCUUCUCCGCAAGGCUCUGUAAAAAGGUCAUAUCGCGUGAAGAUGCCCUGCAGUGGGUCGACUACAUCCAACGGACAGUCGGCAUUCAGAUGACCGUCGAGGAGGAUGCUCCGUUUGCCAUCUGCUUCGGUUGUAAAACGACGCUCGAGAGUGUGGACCAGUUUCGCUUAACCUGUCAGUUGCAUGAUGCUGCCCUGAGGCAGUUCCGUGAACAGGCGUCCAUUAGUAAUACGGAUGAUGGUGGUGAAUCCACUAAUGUUUCCGUUACGGUGGAAGUACCCCCUGCGACGGAUGAAAGUGCAGAUGACUCAAAGGGCUCUGCAAAUUCGCCUACAAUCGACAAUAUGUGCUUUGUGUGUGAUAUGAAAUUGCCUUCGCUCCUGGAGUAUAGGAAACACAUGAAGAAAAAUCACCAUAAAGUCGGAGGAAUUGUGACUUGCCCAUUGUGUCCGCGCCGGUUCCGUAAAGACAAUCUCUUCCAGCGUCACGUCCUUAAGCAUACCAACAGACCGCGGAGUAUCUUGGAUUGUUCGCAGUACAACAAACAGAAAAAGUGCCGACUUUGCAAGGAAAUGUUCGACACUGGCAAGGAAUUGGGAAAACACGAAGAGGAACAGCAUGGCCUUCAGUUCGAAUGCAGAUUGUGCUUCAGGCGGUUUGCUACCGAGGAGGAAAACAAGGUCCACAAAAUGCUACACUUAGCAGGAAUGGGAGACGGGCGUAGAAAAAAUUUCAAGUGCAAAAUUUGCUCCAGGAUUUUCCCGAACAGGCACUGUCUCAAUAUACACGUGAAGAAACACGAGAGGUGCUUCAUGUGCUGGACCUGUGGGACGAAGUUUGCCAAUUUGGAAAAUUACGUGGAACAUCAGACUGCGGUGCACCAGAGUAAAGCGUUACUGGACGAGUGCUGUGAGUGCAACGUGGUCUUUAGCAGCAGGGACGAAUUUCUAGUUCACCUAAAUUUGAAACAUGCGGCCUAUGAUCCGCAGGAUUUGGCCAACGACGAAUUGUCGGAUACGGAAGGCGAGCUGACGAACGGGGUGCUGAGUUCUGUUGCCGAGCAGCCUGGCCAAUCUCAGCAACCGAAUCCGGAAACGGUCAGCGUUUCCAGCGAUGAUUUUCCCAUCUAUAUGGAAGACAAUGAUGAUGAUGCCUGCAUGGCGGCCGAAGAACAGGAAAGCUCGAGAAGGGGAGUUUCCAUCACAAAUAGACUGGAGGAGGAAUUGAUGCUGGACGAAGCGCCACCCGAUUCCGGGUUCGAUCUUUACGGAACAGCCUUCCAGCCGCAGAUUUCGAUAUCACUGAUAGAGGAGCUGUCCGAUUGAAGAUGAAAGGUGAUCAUGGUUUAGGUUAGUCCGUAGAAAAGUACUAGGAAAUUAGCGUUUAUUUAAUAAAAAACUAUGUUUAGGUAUCGCACGUGGA